AUGCUGCUAUUCGCUCUGUCGUAUGCCUAUACGGUCACUGCGCAGGCUCCCGAUGAACACGUAUUGGUCGACAGCUACAAGUUCAUCACUGUAAGUCGACCACACCCCCUCUCUACUGUCUCCCUCUUGCUCACUGACGCCUUCGCACAGCGUCCCGACAUUGAAGCGCCGAGAUGGAACGUCACCGUCUACGAGCCCGACCUCGUCAGCCCGGGCUACUGGUUCGUCGAGACAUACGACUACCUCGAUCAAUGGCGAAGCAAAGGCGGCCUGUGGAACGCUCCUCACAUCUUUGAUGCCAAUGGAGAGCUCGUAUGGAGCGGCUCAUACCUAAGUCAGAAGUACGACUCGUUCGACUUUCGCAUUAGCAAUGUCCUGGGCCAGGAGAUGCUCACCUGGCUCUACCCCCAUGAUCAAGCAGCCUUGGUCCUCGACAACCAUUUCAACAUUGUCAAAAAGUUCCCCACCGUGGAACGGAGGUACGAGCACGACAACAUGCACGAGCUGCAGUUUGUCGACUCGGGUACGCGAGCGCUCUACUUCUUCGACAAAUGGGAUUCACUUUCCAAGGCGCGCUCAAGCGCACUGGGCUUCGACGGGGCGUGUCGCAUCCAAGACAACGGCUUUCGCGAGUAUGACUUGACCAACAACUCGAUCGUGUUUGAAUGGAUGGCCUCGGAGCACAUUGACAUUGCCGAGAGUACCUUUGAGGCUCGCAAUGUCGAUUGGAGGUGUAACGCCGGCUGGGAUUUCCUGCACGCCAACUCCCUCGACAAGUUUGCAGACGGCAGCUACCUCCUAUCCGGUCGAUACACCGAUGCUCUAUACAAGAUCGCUCCAAAUGGUAGCAUCGUCUGGCGUCUCGGCGGUGUCAAGAACGAUUUCCAGGCCGACUUCUCCUUCACCAGACAACACCACGCUCGAAUUCUCGAACAGAAUGAGACUCACACCAUCAUCUCCCUCUUCGACAAUGCGAGUGCGGAGGAUCGGAUUGAUCAUCUCGCGCCGUAUUCCCGUGGCUUGGUCUUCGCAAUACAGCCCAACGAGCAGCCGAUGAAGGCGACACUGAUCGCCGAAUACCCCCAUCCUCAUGGCCCGGGGAACUACAUUCUGGGUCGAGGAGCAACGCAAGUCUUGCCGAACGGCAACGUGUUCAACUGCUGGGUGGAAUCCUGCCUGCACAGCGAACAUGCCCCUGAUGGCCGGGUCAUCAUGGAAGCGCAGGUGAAGCAAGAGUGGCUGAAGUCCUACCGCAGCUACAAGUUCCCAUUCGUCGGGCUCCCCCACGAUCCACCGGAUGUCCACUCGAUCACCGAGCUCGAUGGCGAGCAAGUCAAGACCAUCAUGCAUGUCAGCUGGAAUGGAGCCACCGAGGUGGCCGCGUGGCAAUUCUACAAGACGGAUGAGUGCGGAGCCCACAAGAAACUACUCUCCACCAUCCCACGUAAGCAUUUCGAGACGAAGCUUGAAGACGAAGGCUACUCCAAAUACAUCAUGGUCGAAGCGUUGGACCGAAGGGGCAACUCGUUGGGGAGAUCGAACAUCACCCUCACACUGACGCCGACGACUCUUACAAACGCUACCAUCCAGGCGGAGGAAGAGUGGUGGAAACAAGACAGCCCGUUCGGCGCCUGGCUCGCGGAGGCGCAAGACCUGGCCCAGAACCCUGUCGCGCUCGGCGUCUUCUGGCUCCUCUUCCUUGGCGGACUUUUUGCUCUCGCGAGGCUGUCGCGGUCCCAGAAUCGAACGCAUCAGCCGUGGUGGAAGCGGGUGUCAGGCAAGACACUGGGAUACGACAUGCCGUAUUCGCGGGUGCACGGCGAUGACCCCUUCUCGCUGGAGGAGGGUAUUGAAGACGACGCCGGGAGCGUGCAGGAAGUCACAAAGUUGCAGUGA